UCACGUCGGUUGUUUGCACUCCGGUUGUUCGUUGGCUCGUGGCUCGUUGCUCGUUGCUCGGUUGUUGCAUGUUGCACUCGCACGUUGCUGUCGCACGUUGCACGCUGCACGCUGCACGCAGAUUUUUGGGGACAACCGAAUUAAAGCACUUGAGUUAUGUUAUUCUGACACAAUUUCGCAGAGUGCAAAACUGUCGAAUAGCAAAAACUGCAACGACCUGCCAAGUUUGCAUUCGAGUUCCGCCGCCUCGUCUUCGUCUUCGUCUUCGUCUUGGCCGUGUCUGGUCUGGCUCAGAGUGUUUGCGUUUUCGGCAAUUAAAAUCCAUUAAUGCAAUUGUUGCUUACCAAUUCGCGCGCCAUGUGUGUUUAAGCCACCCAUCGAAACCUUUAUGCAACAGGACCAAAAUCAACGCAACAAGGGACAUACUCUAUCCGCAAUUGAAGUCUGUGUGAGGUCGCCAUGCCCAUUUGCAAAAGUUCACCGGGUGCGGCGAGCAAGAAAACAGCCACGGAUAUAUCCGCCGACCACGUGACGGAGGCUGCCCAGGUGAAACGGACCCGGGAGCAGGCCUACUUCAACUCCUACGACUUUGAUGCAAUCGAGGUGCUGCCCUAUGACGAGGAGGAUGACGAGACCGGGAGCACUGGUCCGAGUAGACAAAGGAGUAGGAGCCAAAGCAGGAGCCAAAGUAGGAGUGGUAGCAGCCGGAGCAGCAGUGCCAGAAGCUACUCUGCACCCCAUGAUCCAACGGGAGCGAGCAACAAGUUCGCAUAUCUGCAGCGUCUGGGAGCGUUCUUUGCCAGAAAUGGUGGAGCAGGAGGAGGAAGUGGAGGAGGAGCAGGCGGUGGUGUAACCAACGGAGGAGGUGCACCAUCAGCAGGAGCCACUGCACCCAGCGGAGGAGGAAGCACAAGUAAUCCGAUACCCAAGGGCAGCAGCGAGAACUUUCUGCUGCCACGAGCCAUGCUCAAAUAUCAAAGCUCCACCACGACGGCGACGACGCCGACGACGAUAUCGGCUCCACCAGUGUCCAGUGCUGGUACUGCUCCGUCCACAUCCACUGCUGUUGCUUCAAUGCCAUCGUCGGGGCUGGCCAAGAUUGGGAAUGCAAGUGGUCACGACCAACAGCUGGAGGAGCGCAGCAAGAAGUGCUCGCUGGCCUCCAAUGUCAGCAGCGUGCAUUCCGCGGAUUCCGGACUGCCACCGGCCACAGCAGCAGCUGCGGCCUCAUCAUCAUCAUCAUCAUCCUCUGCCGCGGCAGUGGCAGCCACAGCUGCUGGAGCAACAGCCACGCAGGCCACCAGCGGUGGCGGCGGUGGAAGCGGCUCCCAUUACUCGACGGACAAGAGCGGCUCGUCCGGUUACUACAGCUCCAAUGUGUGCUCCACUUACUCGCUGGACGAGCACAUCUACUGCGAACCGGUCAUCGAUGUGCAGGAGAAGAUCAAGCGUCUGCGACCGCCACUCCAGCUACCACUUGCGCUCCCAGCCUCCCAGCAGGAGGCAGUGCCCCCACCAGUAGCCACCACUCAGGCGGCAGUGAAGAGCCAGCGCUCGGACAUGCAAGAUGCAGCCGGAGCUGCUGCAACGCGGGAUCAUCCAACUCAGGAAAAGCAGGCUCCAGCGUCAGGGAGCGAGGUGCCACCACACCUAUACAGCGACAAGCUGCGCAUCCUGGAGACGAGCAUCGAGAACCUGGACCGCCACCUCAAGACCUUUCCCUGCCUGUAUGCCCAGGAGCAAGUGGUUAACUUUGUGCAGACUGCAGGCGCCUCCCAAGCCCUAGAUAUUGGCGAGAAGCUGAGGGCCUACAACCAACUGCCCACCAUCCUGGAGCAGCAGCAACACCAGCAGAAUCACCAGUUGGUGGACGACUCCCUGCUGGACAUCGAUCUGGAUGCGUUUCUCCUAGCGCCCAAAGAACCUGCCCAUCAUCGGGGUGGCAUUGACAAUCCCAGCUUCCUGAAUGACGAGCAGCUGGCGGAGAACAACUACAAGUGCGCCAAGUACAUCAACUCCUGUCCAGAGGAUGCCUACCACCUGGAGAGUGAGCGAGGCGGAGCGGGUGAAAGCUUUGCCAAGCGAUACGAGGAUCAGUUGCAUUUCCAGAACACCCGGGAGCUACUGGAGGAUGUCCGUGAUAAGAUACGCCUCCUGUCCAGGGCCACACCCUCACCGGCAGCCACACCGCCCCCAGAUGUGCCCAAGGAGCUGGAGGGCAUGAUUCACACACUGAAGCACGAGCUGGAGUCCUAUCUGCAGCGCAUGAACCAGCACAGCGAGUUGGAGCUGCGCCAGCUGUGCAGCGGUCUGGGUCGCCAGCAGCACGUUGUCCGGCUGCAGAACGCCCUGGAGAGGCGGCGCAGCUGUGCCGACCUCCAAUGCCUAACCUCCAAUGCCUAUGAGGCGGUUCGUGAUGGCGUCCUCAUCUCCGCCAAUGGUCGCUCCCUCAGCGUCCGUGAGCAGAUCAUGACCAUCCGGUGCGCCAGCGAUCCCAACUUUAAGAUGAAGCGCAAGUCCAUAGCGGAGAUCUUUCCUGCCGCCGAAUGCUACGUGGAAUCGGAGGAGGUGACCACCACCAGCCUCUCACGCAGUGUCACGCCCUCGCCUGCCUCCACGCCGCAGCUGGAGCUUGAGGCUCUGCAUCCAUCGCUGCCUGGACAGACCACCAGCACGGUGGUAACGCAACUGCAGCGGAACCUCGCCUUCCACAAACCCAUCCUGGCGGUUCCAGCCAUCUUCAAUGGUCAAGGCGGUCAGGGCGCCCUGGCCGCCGCAUCCGGAGCAGGUGGAGCCGGCGGGGAGAAGGAAAGCAUUGCCGAGUGGCACCGGAAGAAGCCCAGCAUUUGGGAGAUGUACUAUGGCACCAAUCGGCUGCAUCAGUCGCUUCUCGGCAAGCAGCGAGGCGGAGGCGAACUAGUCGUCAGCAGUGCCCAGCCCACGCUGUCUUAUCCCUCCUCAAGACCAGAAUCCGACUUCACCCUCGACCUGCCGCGGGCCGAGCAGCUGCGCCUGAAAAUGGAGAAGGAGAAGAAGUUCCGCCAAAGAUGCCGCUUCAUCACCACGUUCCUGAGCCUGGUGUUCUUCCUGCUGACCGUGAUGGUGGUCAGCCUGGUGUUGACCCGCGGCAAACGGAUGUUCGGCAGCAUGAUCUGAUGAGGAUGGGCAUGCGCAACCGCCCGCCCGAUCACUGCCCACACCACUUAGUCUCUAGAUCCGACUCUGCGGAGAGCAGAGAACGUGAAUAUUACAAAAAAAAAAACUACAGUGCCAACCACAAAUGUAACACAUUAGCGAAGCUCAAGUUUAGUGUUAGUGGUAGUUGUAAGCUCCUCCUGGUUUUUCUUAUUGUUCGGCAGGGCGGGACAGCCGCAGGCGCAGUCGCAGUAUUGUUAAUAAAUUAUUUAUGUGAUCCUAGUUAAUAAGUCAAUGUGAGUGCAUUUCUAUCUGUGUGUGUACUAGUGUACUGCCUGUAACCUGUAACCUGUAACCAGCCUAGAGCGCUUGGCCACCUAUCGUUAAGCCCCUCAAACUGUAUUAAGUCUAAUUGUAUGAAUAAUUUUACCUAUACUAUAGCGCUAGUGUCUUGUGAAAGUGCGGAAAAUAAACAGAAUACCGAAUACAUUUAA